AUUUCACACACAUAAACGUGCUAAACUAGCGAGAGCGUUGUUAAGGGUCCUUUGCGAUAAUCUCGAAUGGCGUCUCUCUUGUCCCCUAAUAACACCCACUUGAAAUUACGUCUUCCACCUCAUUUCCAACCCCUCUGCGCCGCCCCACACAACCGCACCACCACCACCACUUCCCCUAACAACAACCGCUACUCUCCACAAUCAAGACCUCGCCGUAACAACAAGAAGCAAGAAUACACAAGAACCACUACUCCUACUCCUACUCCUACUCCUAUUCAAAAACAACCUCACCCACUUACGUUGAGCCCCAUCUCAACAGCUGAUGAUGUUAACUUAAUGACUCUCUGCAAUGAAGGUAAUAUUGACCAAGUAAUUGAGUACAUUUCACAAGGCGUUGGAGCUGACUUUCGUGUUUUUGAGACAUUGUUGAGUUAUCGUACAAAACUUGAGUCUUUGGAAGUUGGGGAGAAGGUGCAUGAGCUCUUAUUGCGUUCGCCGUGGAGUAAGAAUGUUGAAUUGAAUGGUAAGUUGGUGGAAAUGUAUGUUAAGAACGGAAGCAUGAGGAAUGCGAGGAAGGUGUUUGAUAAAAUGCGUGAAAGAAAGUUGGAGUUAUGGCAUUUGAUGAUUAAUGGGUAUGCAGAAACUGGAGAUGGGGAUAAUGGGUUGCUUUUGUUCGAGCAACUGAGAAAACUUAGGGUGUUGGUGCCUAAUGGGGACACUUUUUUGGUGGUUCUUUCGGCUUGUGCUAGUAAGGGAGCUGUGAAAGAAGGUUUUAUGUAUUUUGAGGUAAUGAAGAAUGAGUAUGGGAUUGUUCCUGGAAUUGAGCAUUAUUUACGGAUUAUUGAUGUCUGGGGGAAAUCUGGUUAUUUGAAUGAAGCGUUAGAGUUUGUUGAAGACAUGCCUAUUGAGCCUACAAAAGAAGUAUGGGAGACUGUAAUAGAGUUUGCACGAAUUCAUGGGGAUAUCGAACUUGAAGAUCGAGUGGACGAGCUGCUCGUCAGGUUAGAUUCUUCCAGAAAUGUGGCUGAUAAGCUCCCUGCACCGUUUCAGAAGAGGCAUUCUGAGUUUAAUAUGCUUGAGGGUAAAGAUAGAGCUAAUGAGUUUAAGAGCACAAUGCCACAAAGGGCAGAUGCAUAUGAGAAAUUGAAAGGCUUAAGCGGGCAAAUGAGGGAUGCUGGUUAUGUACCAGACACGAGGUAUGUGCUUCAUGAUAUUGAUGAGGCCGCUAAGGAGCAAGCGCUGAUGUAUCAUAGUGAGAGAUUGGCUAUUGCAUAUGGUUUAAUUAGUACACCGGCAAGAACAACUCUUAGGAUCAUCAAGAACCUAAGGAUAUGUGGUGACUGUCACAAUGCCAUUAAGAUCAUGUCAAAGAUUGUUGGGAGAGAGUUGAUUGUCAGAGAUAACAAGCGGUUUCAUCAUUUCAGAGAUGGUAAAUGCUCCUGCAAUGAUUACUGGUGAAGUCAUUAGUCUAUAUUGAGGCUAUUACUGUUAUUGUAGAAUUUGUAAAUCUACUAGGUGCAAGACGAUCUCGCGAAUCAUCUUUACAGGAUGAUAUCAGAUUGUAUAUUAGCUAUAUGAUUAUUUUGCAAGAGAACAAAUACAAUCUUCCCAAAUUUGCCA